AUGGAGAAGAUUACGGACAAGAUCGCCGCCCUGCCGGCAGACGCCAACUAUUUCUCCUUGGAGUUCUUCCCUCCCAAGACGGCAAUGGGUCUCUCCAACCUCCGAGACCGUCUCGACAGAAUGGAAAGGGCUCUUCGGCCUCUCUUUGUUAACGUUACAUGGGGAGCCGGCGGGUCUACUUCUACAAAGUCACUGGAGCUGGCCGAGAUAUGCCAGAGGGAGCUUGGCCUCACGACUUGUCUUCACCUGACAUGUACAAACAUGAGUCGCAAGCUCAUCGACAAGGCCCUGGAGGAUGCAAAGGCAUUGGGCAUCCGGAACAUUCUGGCACUGAGAGGCGACCCGCCGAGGAAGGACGAGUACCGCGACACGGAGGACUCUGAUGUGGAUGAUAUCGAGGACUUCGUCUGGGCUGUUGACCUGGUCAAGUACAUUCGCAAGAACUACGGCGACUACUUCUGCAUAGGUGUUGCCGCCUACCCUGAGGGACACGCGGAUGAGAGCCAUCCUCAGGGACAGAGCUUCGAGCACGAUUUGCCUUAUCUGGUUGAGAAGGUCCAGGCCGGCGCCGACUUCAUCAUGACCCAGCUCUUCUUCGACAUCAAGGCCUAUGACAAGUUUGAGAAUAUUCUCAGAGAACACCCCUCCGGCGCCUUCAAGGAUAUUAUCCUCCUCCCUGGCCUGAUGCCCAUCCAGAGCUAUCAGAUGAUCAAGCGGACGACCAAGCUCAGCCACGCCAAGAUCCCCGACAAUCUCAUGGCUCGUCUGGACGCGGCCAAGGGUGAUGACGAGAAGGUCAAGCAGGUUGGCGUCGACAUUCUCAGCGAGCUUGUGGAGCAGGUCAAGGAGGUCAAGAACAGGACCCCCGGCCCCAAGGGCUUCCACUUCUACACCCUCAAUCUCGAAAAGGCUGUCUCCUUCAUUCUCGAGAGGACAGGCCUCAUUCCCGACCCUCAACUUGACAAUGAGGAAGCCGUCAUCGACGACGGCCCUGGUGUCCCCGUCUCCAUCCCCGCAGUCCAGCUCAACGGCCUGUCCCCAAUUACCCCCGCAGCACGCGCGCUCUCCGGACGCCGACACUCGUCCAUGGGCUCCUCGGACCCGCACAACCGCAUCAUCGUCUCCUCGGCCUCGAAUCCUGCCUACGAAAUGACGACCGCCGGACUCAUGGCUUCGGAGCCCGUCAACACCCGUGCCAACACACUCGCCAUCUCGGAGGGCGUCGGCGCUGUCGGCCGCGAGGCGACAUGGGAUGACUUCCCCAACGGCCGCUGGGGUGAUGCCCGCUCGCCGGCCUACGGUGAGAUCGACGGUUAUGGAGUCAGCCUGCACAUGUCCGUCACGCAGGCCAUCCGCCUCUGGGGCACGCCCAAGACGAUUCAGGACAUCAACAACAUCUUUAUCCGCCACAUCAAAGGCCAGCUCAACGCCAUCCCCUGGUCUGAGGAGGAGCUCCUUCCGGAGUCCAACAUGAUCCAGCAGGAGCUCCUCGAGCUCAACACCCGCGGCUGGUGGACUGUCGCCUCUCAGCCCGCCGUCAACGGCAUCCCCUCGCGCGACCCGACCUUUGGGUGGGGCCCGCAGCACGGCUUCGUCUUCCAAAAGGCCUUUGUCGAGCUCUUCAUCCCCUCGUCCGACUGGGCCGGCCUCGUCGCGCGCCUCAACGAGGUGACGGACAACACCAUCUGUUUCUACGCCGCCAACGCCGCCGGCGACUUCGUGUCCUCGGAUUCGAGCGGCGGGCUCGUCCUUGAGGGCACCGAGGCCAGCACCAACGCCGUCACGUGGGGUGUCUUCCCCGGCAAGGAAAUCAUCACGCCCACCAUUAUCGAGGAGGUCAGCUUCCGCGCCUGGGCCGAGGAGGCCUUCAAGAUCUGGGGCGAAUGGUCCAAGGUCUACGGCAAAGGGAGCGAGAGUGAGGCCUUGCUGGAACGGAUACGCACCGAGUACUGGCUCGUCAACAUCAUCCACCACGACUAUGUCGAGAGGGAUGCGCUAUGGAAGUUGUUGUCGGGCGAGAAAGAGAACUAG